CGGCAGCGGCGGGCUGCGGGCGCCAGUGACCCGUGCCGACUGUGACCCGCGCCGUCUGCCGUUCAGAGUUCGCUCCUCUCGGCUCGGAGACCAUGGGCGCCCCCGCGGUGUGUGCCGCCCUCGGCACGGCGGUGGUGCUUCUACUGGGGAUAAACCACGACUUCGCUGCCGCUCAGACGACUACCGUUGCCGCUGGGACUACAGCGGCGGCUCCGCUAUGGAUUAUGGUUCCCAUGGAGAUCAAGGUGGCCGUGACCUACGACCCGACGUGGAUGACGGACAAGGAGUCUGCCCAGUUCCAGCAGCUCGCUGCCGACACAGUCGCCGCUAUCACCCCGCUGAUCGAUGCCGAGUUCGGCGACCAGCACGUGCUCUCUGCAGUGGACGGCUAUGGCGACUACCUCGACAGAAUCAAAAUAUUUCUCAACUGCACACUCAAGACGACGGCGACCACAGAGAGUGAGCUGGACCUCGACCUAAUCGACACCAAGCUCAAAGAGGUUAUCCGACUUUUGAAAUCAGUCGGCGAGUACCAGGUCAACGGCGGGAGCGUCAACACGGACGACUACGUAGUAGUCGAGCCGUUCACCAUUACGACAGUGGCGCAAACAACAGUGCGUGAAAAGCGUUCAACGACAGCCAUGAACGCAACGACGGUGACUGAGAGCGCGAGUGCCGUUACUGAGAGCGCUACGACAGCCGCCGCCGAGAGCGCUACGACAGCUGCCGCCGAGAGCGCUACGACAGCUGCCGAGAGCGCUACGACAGCUGCCGAGAGCGCUACGACAGCUGCCGAGAGCGCUACGACAGCUGCCGAGAGCGCUACGACAGCUGCCGCCGAGAGCGCUACGACAGCUGCCGAGAGCGCUACGACAGCUGCCGAGAGCGCUACGACAGUUGCCGAGAGCGCUACGAGUACGACAGCCGCCGCCCAGACUUCAACGACGGCCGCCGAGUCUUCAACGACAGCCGCCGGGUCUUCAGCGACAGACGCUGAGAACGCUACGACAACCGCCGGGAACGCUACGACAGCCGCUGAGAACGCUACGACGAGCGACGCCGCGACGGCAGCGAACACGACGGCGCCAGAGACCAACGCGACGACCGAGGCGGCAAACAUGACAACAGUGUCGACGACAACGCAGCCGACAACUACAGAGGCGCCUCCGCCCGUGUCGGCCAAGCUCAGCUGUAUGGUGAGGAUCACCAGCAUCAGCUAUCAGGACUGGAUGGCGCUACCCUUCACCAACCAGUACAGCGAUCUGGCUAACGCCGUGGAGCAAGUGUCGCAGCCGGUGCUGGUCGACAAGUUCGGUGACGACUUCCGCAGCGUGGCCGUGACCGGCUUCCGCUCUGGCUCGGUGCUGGUCGACAUGGAGGUGGUGGUGAUGACCGACAAGACACGCGCCGAGGACGUGGACGCCAAGACGCUCUCCGAGGAGACCACCGUCGCGCUGCAGAACCUCAUGGAGGAGGGCGACUUCAUCUUCGACCCGAGCGCCGUGGAGACCAGCGAGGAGAUCGAGGUCAUCGAGCCGACCACCUCACCGGCCCCGACCGAGGACCCGUACCGACACACCAUCAUGCGGUUUGAGAUGCGCGCGCCGUUCGCUAACUGGACGGACGAUCUGAACGACACCGAUUCCGAGGCGUUCGCCAAUAUGGAACAGGAGGUCCAAGCUGGCGUGGAACUGAUGCUCAGCAAGAAGUAUCCGAAGGGCGAGUGGAACGUCAGCUCCUACAUCCUCUGGAUGAGCAACGCCACCGAAGACGUGGAGGACGAUACCACCGAGCCGCAGGGCGUCAAGAUCAACUUCGUCGUCACCGUGGAGCCUCAGAUGACCAACACGUCCAAGAUCGUCCAGGAGCUGGCCAGGAGCUUCGUCUUCUUCAACAAGCUGGGCACGCUUCAGAUAGCACCCGAUUCAGUCUACUUCAAAGAUCUGACCACGUACGCUCCCGGCAUGGGCGUGGUCAUCAUGGAUGCAGACUACCUGCGUGCGCUCAGGAAGACCCAAUACAACGGCUCUUUUGUGGGCGACUUCACCACCCAGCCGCCGACACUGCAGCCCGUCAUCAAACGGCACAAGGGCUUCGUGCUCGGAAUCGCCGUGCCGGCCUUUAUCGGCAUGAUCGCCGCCAUCGGCCUGCUGCUGAUCUGCACCACCAUCGCAGGAGCCAAGAAGAGCGACGAUUAAAGGCGCCAUGGACAUGUCCCAAAGCGAGGGUGACCUGACCUGACCAGCGCCUGAGGGUACUAAUGUUCAGAGCGCGUCUCUUACGGUCGGUUACUAUCGGCUCAAGAGUUUUACAGACGCUCCGGUUUGCCGUUACUGUGUGAUAUGGAUAUAAGAAUCGGCUUACUUGGUGUUGCGACAUAUCGAAGUGCAUUUCAAAAUGGAACGCCCAAUUUAUUCGAUAUGAACAGUUCUCGAAUGUAAAGCAGAGGUAGAAUAGUUCCAGUCAGCUUAAGAAGCAUUGUGAUAUUCAGAAGAAAGUUUCGUAUACGUUUAGCAAACUUAACAUUGCUUCGCCUCGCAGAUGUAGCGGUGCGAAUAGGGUGAGAUACCCCACUCACCCCACGCGGAUUCCUUCUGGAUAUUUUUAUGUCAGUCAGACACGCAAGUAUCCGAAUUCGGCGGUAAUGAUACAGUUACAAAACCAUGACAUCUGGCCUGUCUUACAGGUGACUCGUAACCUCAGAGGACGUUAGGCCGUAAAGAAGGCAGUUAGUUGCGCGUGUCGAUGCGGUGUUAAGUUUCGUUCGUUUACGAUGUGCGGAUGUCUGCGUAGCGUUGCCUGGCCCGGGCACUAGUUGAGCUCAAGGCAAAGCUGUCGAGUCCCAGGGCCUAUACAAGAGGGUCUCGCCACUUUGGUUUGCAGUUCAGACAAUCAGUCCCGCGUCUAUUCGAAGAGAAAGCUAUUAUCUGCUGUAUAGGCGCCCAACAACGCUUUGUAUUAUUUUAACAUUUUUCUCUGUUUUCAUCUGACGAAUACAGCGUGCAUUAC